CUGCGCACGAAAUGUGACAGAUAUACAAAAAAACACCACUCAAAACAAAACGACCCGCACCGCCGAUGCGGAUGCUGUUUUAGAAAUUGUGAAAGAAAAGUGAUAAAAACAAGAAAGUUGAUCACUUAAGUUUGCUUCUUUAUCGCACCGGUUUGUUGGUUGGGCUAGUAUCCGACAACACGGAAAAGGGAUGGCGUCGGAUCCGCUGAACGAACCGAUACUGGUGACCGGCGGUUACGAUCACACGAUUCGCGUUUGGCAACCGUACACCAGCCAAUGUGUACGGACGAUGCAACACGUCGACUCGCAAGUGAAUUCGUUGGACAUUUCACCGAAGCGUAACAUGCUGGCGGCAUGCGGCUAUCAGCACAUCCGGCUGUACGAUCUCGUUUCGAACUAUCCGAUCGUGAAUUUUGAGGGCGUUACGAAGAAUGUAACGCGUGUCGGUUUCCAGGAGGAUGGUAAGUGGAUGUUUACCGGCGGCGAAGACGGGAAGGUGCGCAUCUGGGACAUGAGCUCCCCGAACCCGUCCUGUAAACGCAUCUUCGACUGCCAGAGCCCGGUCAAUGCGGUGUGUCUGCUGCCGAACCAGGUAGAGCUGCUGAUGGCGCACCAGGGCGGUGGUAUCUAUCUGUGGGACGUAAAGUCGGACCAGCACGACCACCUGUUGCCGGAGGUCGAGUGCUCGAUACAGGACGUGGCCGUUAGUCCGAACGGGGCGUACAUGGCGGCAAUCAACAACAAGGGCAGCUGCUUCAUCUGGAUGCUUACGAGCUGGAGUGGGCCACCGGGGCAAGAAACGCAGCUGACCCGUUCGGAGGCGAAACUAAAGAUACAGGCACACGAAAAGUAUGGUUUGCGGUGUAAAUUUAGUCCCGAUUCGACGCUGCUCGUGACCUGCUCUGGUGAUAGUACCGCCCGGAUCUAUUCCACCGAAACGUGGACGUUACAGGCGGAGUUACGCAUCGAUCGCUUCUGGAUCUGGGACGCUGCCUUCAACAAUGACUCCAAGUACCUGUUCACCGCCUCCUCCGACAGUAUGGUACGGUUGUGGCGUAUCGACACCAAGACGGUCGAGCGUGAGUACGCUGGUCACCUGAAAGCGGUCACGGCAUUGGCCUUCCAGGAUGAGCCUAUACGCAGCAGCACCACCGACACCACCGGUACUGGCCUGACAUCCACACACUAACGAUGUCCUCUGUUUCUUCUUCUUCUUCUUGUUUACCACUAUAAGCAUUAGUCAGUCUUGGUCUGCCCUCACACUAUCUGCACGUAGAUAGUUACGGGUGAGUCGAGAUUUUAACCAAGGCCGGGCUUGUUGAACCGUGCAUUACCGAUUAUACUAUACGACCGGUACCGGUGCUUAUCUUUAGGAGUAUUUUAAUUCAGCGUAGAACACCAUAAAAAACGGGCCAAUAAAAUGCAUUAGCUAUUUUACCAUGUGCUUCUGUUCACCUUUUGCACCUUAGUUGAUUAACUGAAUUCUUCGUUCCUCGUUUCGCAAGCCAUCAAAGGUUACAUUUAAAUUACUUUAAGAUAAAGGUAGGCCAGUAAUAUUAAUCAUAAUAAAUUAGGUUCAUAAAAUUGUA